UAAACACCCGGCCGCACAAUCGAUCGCAUCGAUUUAUCUGCGAUUGAUUAGGAAAAGUUUAGAUGCCGAAUUUGUGCUGGAAAUAUGAUUGUGAGCCAAGCUAGCUUACUUCCAUAGCUAUGUUCGUGCUAAGUAUGAGGAGCCAGGUGUGUGCUGUCAGCUGCCUGGCGGAGGGACCCCAUCGGCCUACUAUUGAAGAGUUUCUGCAUUGCUGUCAUUCCUGCCGUGGGUAGCUGAUAGCAGCACCGAGAGCCAGGGACCGUCAUCACACAUCUGACAAGAUGGCAGGAGGAAUCUUCACAAACUUGGACAACCUUUUUAAUGUGGAUUGUAGUAACGUCCACCCCCUGGUGUGUCACCUGUGCCAUGAGCAGUACCAGACGCCCUGUUUGUUGGACUGCUACCACAUCUUCUGUGCCCGCUGUCUAAGCGGCCGGACCAAUGACAGCCGUCUCAGCUGCCCCCUCUGUGGGUACCCAUCGGUCGUGAAAGGGAAUAGCACCCUCCCUCCGGAGGACCGUCUGCUGAAGUUUCUGGUGGACAACAAUGGAGACGCUGAGGAGACGGUGCAGUACUGUGACCAGGAAAGUAAUAACAAGGACACGGGGGUGAUGUACUUCUGUAACACUUGCAGCCAGCCACUGUGCGCCACCUGCAGGGAGCUGACUCACAAAGCCAGAAUGUUUUCCCACCACGAGAUUGUGUCUCUGGCCAAACGCACCAAAGCUAAACACAGGAAUUGCUCUCUUCACGAGGAGCCCUACAUCCUGUUCUCGACAGAGAAUCAGUCUAUGCUUUGCAUCAAGUGCUUCAGAGACAUGCAAGUGGAGAGUCGGACUCACUGCAUCGAUAUUGAAACAGCUUACAUGCAGGGCUGCGAGAUGCUGGAUCAGGCCGUGCUGGUGGUGAAGGAGCUGCAGACUUCAGCUCGAGAGGCAAUCGUUCUGCUGAGAGCGAUGAUAGGAGAAGUGUGCCUGAAUGUGGAGGAAGAAGAGAGUGCAAUCUGUACUCUGUUCAACAGCUUGCAGGAAAAACUAGCAGAGAGGAAGAAGAUUCUGCUGAAAGCAGCUCAGAGUCAACACGAGGAGAAGGAGAAAGCACUGAAGGAGCAGCUCUCACACCUUACCGCCCUCCUGCCAACCCUCCAGGUUCACCUCGUCACCUGUUCGGCCUUCCUCAGCUCAGCCAACAAGUUUGAGUUUUUGGACAUGGGCUACCAACUCAUGGAGAGGCUGAAGAGGAUUGUAAAGCUCCCUCAUCGACUGAGGCCGGUGCAGAGCAGCAAAAUCAACACGGACUACAGGAGUGAGUUUGCUCGCUGUCUGGAGCCGUUACUGCUGCUCGGCCCGCGCUGCCCGCCGUCCGUUUCCGGUUCGAGCGUCGCAACGAGGCACCAGUCGCCCCUCUCCGUGUGCUGCCGCUCCCCGUCUCUCAGCGAGAUGCCGCAGGGCUCCGUGUUCGGGCGAAGGCCCACCUGUCACCGCAACAUCUGCACCAAGGUCCUCCUGGCUGAGGGGGCGGAAACGCCGUUCACCGAGCACUGCCGCAACUAUGAGAACACCUACAGGUCUUUCCAGACAGAGAUUCAGAAUCUGAAGGACCAGGUCCAGGAGCUGCACCGAGAUCUGACCAAGCACCACUCCAUCAUCAACACGGAUAAAAUGGGAGAGAUCCUGGACAGGUCGCUGCACAUCGACAGCCAGAUAGCCGCUCAGUACUCCACCGUGGAAACUAUGAGAGUCAUGUUUGAAGAGGUCUGGGACGAGACGUUUCAGAGGGUCACUAACGAGCAGGAGAUCUACGAAGCCCAGCUCCAUGACCUGAUGCAGCUGAAGCAGGAGAACUCUUACCUCACCACUAUCGCCAGACAGAUCAGCCCCUACAUCCUGUCCAUAGCCAAAGUCAAAGAGAGGCUCGAGCCCAGGUUUCAGGAGCCCAAAGAACACAAAGACGACCGCACAGAGACAAUGCUGAAAAUCUAUGAAGACAGCACAAUCGCUAAAGACAGUCAAGACAGUAACAACCAGACCUGUGUGACAGACCAGGACAGAGACAAGAACAACCGCCCGCUGAUCCUCGACUCGGGGGAGAGUUCUGUCAGGACCGGCCGCCCGGGCAGGCAGAGGGUUCCCACUGAGACGACGUCCAGCCACAACGAGAUGCCUUCAUGAACACCAUGUCGUUUGAUUCCCCCUCCUGUCCACUCUCUUCGCCUUAAAUCAACCAUAACAAGCCCCCCAGGAUGGUGUGUGACUUCAUCUGUCUAGAAACUGUGCGUAACGUUUUUUCUCAGCGGUGAGGAGCUGUCAGCUGCUUCAAGGUGAGCCUCCUCUGAUCGACAGCGGCUGUACAGACAUGGAGGACUCGCUGCUGUCAGUCAGGGCCGGGGAGAGGACGCGCAACGACUACAUCAUCAUAAUGAAUUUGUUUUGUUUAAGUGUCACGGACUGCUUCAGUGAGAAAACAGAGCAAAUCGUACGUUACUUUCCAGGAUUUGUUCGGUCCGUUGUUGUCUGUUCUUUGGCUGUUCAAGCGAUAAGUAUGCUGAGAGUGUAAAUCAUCGCUUUGUCUUUUUCUUUUUUGGUGGAAUUGCUUUUUUCUUUUUUUCUUUUUUUUUAGUAUCCAUUCUUUGCAUAAAACAUUUUUCUUUUUUUUUCUGAGAGCUGAUGAUGGAUGACUGCCCGGGUCUGAUCCCCCCCCCCCCACCCCACAGAGGAUUGUUGAACCGGUAUGACAGCACAGAUGGAGCACAGCAAAUGCAAUGAUGUGUGCGUCAUUCUGGGUGUCAUUCAGGUCACAUGUCGAUGUGUGUGUCAUGUGUAGCGUCUCAUGCAUCAGUCUCCUCUAAAAUGAGACAAGUCUUUUCCUGUCUGUGGUGGGAUUUUUUCCUUCUUCUUCUUCUUCUUCUUCUUCUUCUCCCUCCCUGCAGUUUCCACAUCUCCGUGCAAAAAGUGAAUUACAGAGGUGUGUGACUGUAGCUGGCCUCGGCUUAACCUCCAUCUCUCCCUAUUUUUUUUUUUUUUCUCUCCCAGACUCCACACUCAUCCUCGAUAUCUCAGCCAACCGAGGCGCCGUAGGAAAUAUAUUCUCGGUUUUGCCAUCUUGACUUCGUGGCAUGUCAGUGUCAGCAGCAUGCUUUAAGGCGUUUGCCCUGCAGGAAAUCCGCUGGUAACUUUCCCUCUCUCACUUACUUCCACUCGCCUCCUUUACCGCUUUAUAUAUUCUUCUCAAUUCCUCAUGUAUAUACAUAGGCGUCACGUUGAAGGGGCAUUUUGUAAGAUAUGGCCAGAAUUAAAACAAAACAAAAAAAUAAACUACCAGUAUCAUUAAACUGUGGAAAAGUGUCAUUUUGUCAAAGAUAUCUUUG